AUGACCAAGCCCGCGUCCACCGAUGGUGUGCUGCCCGAUGCACCUCCAAGCGGCCCCAAGAACUCCAAUGACGAGGCAUUCCUGACGCGAGAAGGUCAAAACGUGAUCAAGGAUCACCCUUUAAGCCAUGUCACGGGCAACAAGUUAUCGAAUGGACGCGUCGAAGUCGGUGACGUCCCCAUGGAACCCUCCACCGACGCCGCAGCCACCCCAGCAACCAACGGCCACACGACAGACGGCGAGAACGUCGCCAUCAACGGCCACAACUCUGUUGACAAAACACACGACGAUACCGAGCGACCAGCAAAGCGAAGACGCACGCGUGAUGCGACACCCCCGCCAGCUGCUCGCAAACUGAAGCCGAUAUCUCCUCCGUGGAAGCGCUUCGACGCUGAUGGACCGACAUCUUACACGGACAAUGGUCGUCGAAGAUCAGGCCGAACGAACUCAAUACCUAUCGAACACCAACCCUCUGGGAAGAAGCGACUGACAAGGGCCGCCAUCAAUGGAGCUCAAAACACACCGUCCGCCAAGAUCCCACCUCCCCCUUCUCCACGAUCCAGCCGUACCUCCCACGUUGCAUCAAAGCCCGCCUCGAUUUCAAAGCCCAGCCCAGCGACGAAAUCAUCUUAUACACGGUCCUCAUCAGGGUUAACACCCAAACCCAGCUCGAAGAAGCCGGAUGCAGAGCCGAAGACAUCCUUGCGAGCAACACGUCGCCACACUCCCCCUCCAGCUACCCAACCUUCUCGGCAAUCUAGGCGUUCGCUUAGGUUGUCUCGUCAAGAUGACGAGUUUGAUGACAUUGAGAACACGACACCACUCCGCACUACUCGGCACUCAACACGUGAGCGCCCUGGCCCUUCACCUCGAAUCAAGCUGCGUGUUAGCAGAUCGGAUUUCAUCCCCUUGGUGCACCCUGACCAGGUACGCAAACGACCGAAGAUCGGUACAAGUUUUGAAGACUUCUGGAAUCGCGCUGGUGGUGUUCCAGUAGAGGAGGGGGGGCUCCAAGUUCUCGAAGAUGGCACUCCGUACUCGGAUGAAGCCGCCCUCAAGGAUGCCCGCCUCAUUAUGCGAAUUGAGGACGAGGCGGAGCCCGGGGGGUUGCUCUCUGAAGGCCGCUGCUCUCUUUUCGCCCCAGAAGGCGAGGAAGAACCGCCGCGCCAAUGGGCCCGGCAAGACCACAUGGUUCGGGCCAUGACCAACUUCCGACGACUCAUGCUCGCCGAGCAACAACGCCACCGUGCUACCGCGAAGAAACUGGCCGAGGCAUGCCGUGAUGAAUGGAUCCGACGACAGCCGAAAUCAGCAGAAGAGAUUGAGCGUGAAGCCAAGGACUAUUGGAUCGGCAGAUACAGACUUGUCGCACGGACACUCUUUGGGACAUGGGACAACGUUCGAGCCGAGGUCAAUAGAAGGCGUUUGGAACAGUGGGAGGCUGAGGAGCAGCGCCGAGUGAAAGCUGCUUUAAAUGAAGCGGUCAACCUAUCUGAACAGAAGCUGCAAGCUCGGCAGACCGGACUAGACUCCGAGUUGAUCUCAGAUGAGGAUGAUAUGUCCGAUAUGUCGGAUGAUUUGGGUCUUACGUCUGAUGGUGACGGAGGAGCCGAAAUCGACUCUGCGAGCAGCGACGACGAAGCUGACGAUGAAAACAGCGACAAUAUGUCAUCCUCCGGGGAUGAGGAGGAUGAAGAUGGUGGCGAAGACGUCGCCGAUGAGGGGCUGACUCAAGAACAACUUCAAGCCAAAUAUGCCAAUAUUCCAACUAUCAAGGAUGAUGCUGAGCAACCUGCCGAUGCAGCUCAGACCCCUAUCGUGAAUGGGGUGGAUGAUCACUCAGGCUUAGCUGACGAAACAACUGAUGAAUCCGUGGACAUGGACGACGAUAUGGGUACUACGGACAGCGAUGAAUCUGGCUCCGCCGAGGAUGAUUCGGAAGAGAGUGAUGAGGACGGUUCAGCUGGUGGUCUACUUGGCCUUCUCUUCGGCAAGUCUGAGUUGAAAACUUUGAAGAGCGAGGCAGAAAGCGAGCUCCCCACAUCAGACGCUGUAUCUGAGGCACAAGGCCCGGAGGCCAAACGCGAGACUGUUCCUACAAGCCCCCAUGAGGGAGAUAAUGGUGAGAAGAUGAAUGGGGUUGAGGAAGAAACCGCUGGCCAAUUGUCAAAUCCUGCAGCCACUGUCGCGGAUCUCGAAGAAAAGAACCAACCGGAGGGUCAAGAAGAGGUGAAUGGCCUUCAUAAACACAAGACUUCGCCAACUUGUUCCGACCCCGAAGGGAACGCCACCGAAUUGACAUUAGGGUCGCAAAAGCCUUCGACAAGCUCACCCAUGGAAGUUGAUCAUGCACCGGUUUCAGAGCCUGUUAGCAAAUCUCAAGACAACGGCCCUUCUGUCACAAAUGGGACACAUGUAUUCGAACCCGACGACAUAAUCAUGGAAGAUUCCGAAAACAAAGCCGAGGUUCACCAGGAUGACGCCCAGCUAGCUAUUUCUCAAGAGCAUGACGGAGUCGAGCUUGCAAUAGAGAAAGUUAAUGGCUCGAAUCAACUCGAACAGCUGGGUGCUGAAGAUAAGGACGAAGUGGGGGAAUCUGAACAAGUCGAUCGAGGCAACACUGAGGCUCCGGAGACAACAGUCGUGGAAACACAAUCCUCACCUCCGAAGUCGGAUCACAAAACUGAAGUUCCUUUCCUCUUGCGCGGGACUUUGCGAGAAUAUCAACAUCACGGGCUGGAUUGGCUUGCUGGCCUCUAUGCUAACAAUACGAAUGGUAUUCUUGCAGAUGAAAUGGGCCUCGGUAAGACGAUCCAAACAAUUGCACUUCUUGCUCAUUUAGCUUGCACUCACCACGUGUGGGGCCCACAUUUGGUCAUUGUUCCGACAAGCGUGAUGCUGAACUGGGAGAUGGAAUUCAAAAAGUGGUGCCCGGGCUUCAAGAUUCUUGCGUACUACGGAACACAGGACGAACGAAAGCGAAAGCGACAAGGCUGGAAUAAUGACGAUGUCUGGAAUGUCUGCAUUACCUCGUAUCAGCUUGUUCUACAAGAUCAACAAGUGUUCAAGAGACGAAGGUGGCAUUAUAUGAUCUUGGACGAGGCGCACAAUAUCAAGAACUUCAAAUCCCAGCGCUGGCAGACACUGCUCGGGUUUAACACCCACUCUCGACUACUUCUGACCGGUACACCCUUGCAGAACAAUCUUACAGAAUUAUGGUCUCUGCUUUUCUUUUUAAUGCCUGCGGAGAAUGGUGCUGGUGGAUUUGCAGAUUUACAAGAGUUCCAUGACUGGUUCCAUAAGCCUGAGUCUCAAAUUCUUGAAAGUGGGCGGGAACAGAUGGAUGAUGAAGCCAAAGCGAUCAUCUCCAAGCUUCACAAAGUGCUUCGUCCAUAUCUUCUGCGGCGCCUCAAGGCUGAUGUUGAGAAGCAAAUGCCUGGUAAAUAUGAGCACGUUGAGUUUUGCCGACUAUCAAAACGUCAACGUGAGCUCUAUGACGGCUUCUUGUCUCGGGCGGAUACCAAAGACACAUUGGCUUCAGGCAACUAUAUGUCGAUCAUCAACUGUUUGAUGCAGCUCCGAAAAGUCUGCAACCAUCCUGAUUUGUUCAUUGAUCGCCCCAUCAUGACUUCUUUCCGUAUGAUCAAGUCAGUCCCGGCGGACUACUCCUUUACCGAAAAGACCAUAAAGCGAUGCCUUUUCCCUGAACAGUUGAUGAGUACUGUCAGCCUCAACUUUCUGAACAUGAUCCCCGCACAGUAUGAGUCGCUUUCCACCGUUGCUACUGAGCGCAUCUGGCAGCUUAGCGGUGGUAACCGGACAUUGACGGAACUCCGAGAGACUCAAAAGAGCAGAGCCCAAAAGGCGUACGUCACUCUUGACCCUUCGACUGUGAACUCAAAUAUUGCGUAUCUGGAAAGUGCCGGUCGAUGGGGCCGUUUUGAUGAGCUGCAGCAUGUCGUGUACUUGAAUGCUCUUCGCCGGCAACAAAAACCUAUAUACGGCAGAAAUCUGAUCGAUCUUCUUACCAUUGGCGUUGACCAGCGCCCUUGCAAGCCAAAGCCCAAGGUUCCAAAGAACAUCAUGGCAUGGUUUGAAGAGGAUUCAUGCUUCAUCCGAUCUAUGGUGUCAUCAGUGGAUCAACGAGCGGACGCGUUCAGGACUACAAUCGAAAAAUUCUCCUGCGUCACACCGGCUGUCGUUACUCGAGACCUGGAUUCAAUCGUCCUUGGGGAAAAAGGCGUAAACGCAUUCACAGAUGAAGAUUUACGGCUUUCUGCACCUGUGCAUUGGACCCCAUGGAUGCCGAAGGAGCCUCCCCCUGAUCCCUGGCACGAGUCCCGGAUGCGCUCAAGCAUUCAGUUUCCUGACAAGCGCCUUCUCCAAUAUGACUGCGGAAAGCUGCAAGUAUUGGAUGGUUUGCUUCGCAAGUUACAGGCGGGCGGGCACCGUGCUCUGAUAUUCACUCAGAUGACCAAAGUCCUGGAUAUCCUGGAACGGUUCCUUAACAUCCAUGGACAUAAGUAUCUACGCUUGGACGGUGCGACCAAGGUUGAGCAACGACAAAUUCUAACGGAUCGUUUUAACCACGACCCCCGCAUCCUGUGUUUCAUUCUGUCUACGAGAUCAGGUGGUCUUGGCAUCAAUUUGACAGGUGCUGACACCGUCAUCUUCUAUGACCAGGAUUGGAAUCCAGCAAUGGACAAGCAGUGCCAGGAUCGAUGCCACCGUAUUGGUCAGACAAGAGAUGUUCACAUUUACAGACUGGUUAGCGAGCACACGAUUGAGGCCAACAUUCUCCGAAAAGCCUCCCAGAAGCAGAUGCUCGAUGACGUUGUCAUCCAAGAGGGUGAAUUUACCACGGACACAUUUAACAAGGUGUCGGUUGGCGAUGUCCUCAAAGACAAAGUGGAUUUCACCAGUGAAGGCGUCUCAGCUGCCGAUGCAGCCUUGGAUCGUGUUCUAGGCACUGGACCUGAUGAUAGCAGCAGCCGUCGAACAGUUGGGCGGGCUUUGGAGCAGGCAGAGGACAAAGAGGAUGUGACAGCCGCCCGAGUGGCCGAGAAGGAAAUUCUCGCAGACGAUGCAGACUUUACGGAGAAGCCCAGUAACACAGCGUCAGGUGCAUCAACGACACGGCAAGGCACACCAGCUACUAAAUCAGUCCUGGACGGCGGAGUGCUGGAUGAGCCCGACAUCGUGCUGGAUGAGUUGGAAUACAAUGCUUGGGGCGCCCAAAUAAAAACGAUCGACCAGUAUAUGCUUAACACCAUGGCAGAGUAUCUGAAGGACACCAAACUUGAGCUACCCAAGGAUAAGAAGAAGAGCAAGAAGAAGGGCAAAGACACCAGGAAACGAUGA